AUGUCUUCGCUAUUUUGGAUCUGUCAAUUUCUUAAAGGGCAUGCGAGCAAAUACACAAUUUACGAAAGAAAUCUAAGAUACUAUGUGGUUUGCGCGCAACGCACUCCGUACCUCCGACCCUUGAUUGAUGAAAUCAACGAACCGUCUGUCCCUAUAACUAUAAUUCUGGAACGCUUGCAAGGUGACCUUCUAGAAGGGUCUGCUACGAAAACCCUUAAUCGACGGGAAUUAAAAUACGUGUCGCGAUGCGUCUUUGAGGCAAUCAAUAUUUUACAUGAGGACGGGUUCGUGCACGCGGGUACGACGCUAAUUUCCAUGAGCCAUGGAACACUACCGCUGACAUAUGGUCAUUCGCUCAUCAGUCCCAUUUACGGUGGACGCCUCAACCUUUUCAGACCCAAGGGAAUGAAACAGGACAAUGAAGAGUACUCAUCCAAAAUUGCUGAAAUUGCGCACAUAGAAGCGGCUCUAUCCAUUCUUUACCUCGUGCAAACAAUUGCGCAGAAGAAGAAGACUUCAUUCAUACAGGUUACUGAGAAGGAAGUAACCAAAAGAGACAAUAUCUUCAUAUCCAAGAUGAUGAAGCUUGACUGGAGAGACCCCCCAACAGCGAAGGAGCUGCUGGAAGACGAUUGGUGGAAAAAUGAUGAUGAAUGA